CAGACAUUGACACAUCCCUUCACUUCUUCCUCCCCUUCGUACCUACAUAUGUAGAUCGGUGCAGCUGCUUCGACAUCUCGAGUUGUUCUCCUCAACUUUUCCAAUUCAACACCAUUGACCACUCCGAUCUUGGUCUCUCAUUGCCGAGUCACUUGUACACGAGUCGAGCUUUGACUUCAACAACCCCACUCACCAUCCCACCUCGUGCCGGCAUACUUUUAGCUACCUCGAGUGUAUUCAACAUCUUCCUCGGAUUGUUAUACAAUCUCUCGACAACGAAAAUAGCCCCUCCGUUGUACCCCAACAACCUCAGAUCACAACAGCCAAAAUGUCGACAACACAAGAAAAGCAGCCACACUGGUCCCUCAAGCAGUCGUUUGCUGAGCGCGUAGAGAGCUCGUCGCAUCCCCUCACCAGCUACCUCUUCCGCCUGAUGGAGGUCAAGCAGUCCAACCUCUGCCUCAGCGCCGAUGUCGAGCAUGCGCGCGAUCUCCUCGCCCUUGCCGACAAGGUUGGCCCCUCGAUUGUCGUCCUCAAGACCCACUAUGACCUGAUCACAGGGUGGGACUACCACCCGCACACGGGCACCGGCGCCCAGCUGGCCGCCCUCGCCCGGAAGCACGGCUUCCUCAUCUUCGAGGACCGCAAGUUCGUCGACAUUGGCAGCACCGUCCAGAAGCAGUACACGGCCGGCACCGCGUGCAUCGUCGAAUGGGCCCACAUCACCAACGCCGACAUCCACGCCGGAGAGGCCAUGGUGAGCGCCAUGGCCCAGGCCGCGCAGAAGUGGAGGGAGCGCGUCCCCUACGAGGUCAAGACGUCGGUUUCGGUCGGCACCCCGGUCGCGGACCAAUUCGCCGACGAGGAAGCCGAGGACCAGGUUGAUGAGCUGCGCAAGAUCGUACCCCGCGAGAAUGGCAUCAGCAGCGCAAAGGACACGGAUGGGAGGAAGGGUAGCAUCGUCUCCAUCACGACCGUCACGCAAACAUAUGAGCCGGCCGACUCGCCACGCUUGGCCAAGACCAUGUCGGUGGGCGAUGAGGCCGUGUUUCCUGGCAUUGAGGAGGCGCCGCUGGACCGCGGUCUGCUGAUCCUGGCGCAGAUGUCGUCCAAGGGCUGCCUCAUGGACGGGAAAUACACAUGGGAGUGUGUCAAGGCGGCGCGCAAGAACAAGGACUUUGUCAUGGGCUACGUCGCGCAGCAGAAUCUGAACGGGAUUACCAAGGAAGAUUUGGCCCCAACCUAUGAAGACGACGAAAGCGCAACCGAGGAAGAAGCGCAAGCAGACAACUUCAUCCACAUGACACCCGGCUGCAAGUUGCCGCCACCGGGAGAGGAGGCGCCUCAGGGCGACGGACUUGGUCAGCAGUACAACACGCCGGAUAACCUUGUCAACAUCAAGGGCACGGAUAUCGCGAUUGUUGGACGUGGCAUCAUCACCGCGGCGGAUCCCCCCGCCGAGGCUGAGCGCUACAGGAGGAAAGCCUGGAAGGCGUACCAGGAUCGCCGGGAGCGUCUGGCGUAGAAGCCCGAGAAAUAAGAGAUGAGGAAGGGGUGGAUGAUGGGGAAGGGAAGUUUGUUCUUAUAUGACUGGCAUUAAGGUCUACAUAACUCUUGGUGGAGAUGCAUCG